CUGUGACCGCUGUCACGCUUUUUCGCUCAAAUCAACGCCAGCAGUGGAUGACGUGGGGCUGGUGCUCCCCAGCCCCGGGGCUGAUUGGUCCCAGCUCAGGUUUGAACGCCAAGGUGUCCUGGCAACGAGAAGCAGAGGAGCCAGACUUUCCCGUCCCCGCUCGGCUCCGGGAGCACGGCGGGCGCUGGGCAGCGACGGGCAUCGCGGCGAGGAGCAGCGCGCAGGGCCCGGCCCUCCUGCAGGCAGCCUGUUCUGCAAUGACCCAGAGCACCUGAGGCCCAGCAGCUGAGGGGAUGGAGCUGAAGGUCUGGGUGGAUGGGAUCCAGAGGGUCGUGUGUGGAGUCUCGGAGCAAACCACCUGCCAAGAAGUGGUCAUUGCCCUGGCACGGGCCAUUGGUCAGACGGGCCGCUAUGUGCUGGUGCAGAAGCUGCGGGAGAAGGAGCGGCAGCUGCUGCCGCUGGAGUGUCCCUUGGAGUCGCUGGCCAAGUGUGGGCAGUAUGCCAACGACGUGCAGUUCAUCCUGCGGCGGACGGGCCCCAGCAUGGCCGAGCGGCCCUCCUCGAGCCCCCUCCUGGGCUCUCCCCAGGCUCCCGAGAGGACGUUCAUCCGGGCCAGCUUGCCCAUCAAGCCCAGGCUCACCAGCAUAGACGGACCCCGUUCCAGGGAGCCCAAAAAGUCCAUGACCUUCAGCCUGGGUCCGACAGGCUCCAGCGACCUGUUCGCCGUGAGCCGAUGGAGGCACCAAACACGGGAUGGGCUAGACUUGGAGGGUGGUGGUGUUGUCCAGCCCUCCAAGGAGGAGCUUUUUAGGAGAGUGUUGCAGCAGCAGGAGCAGCUGCAUUCCUUGGAGGCCCAUGGAGACACGCUAGAAAUGGACCUACGGCUCUGGGAGCGCAGCCAGCUUGCUGGCCAGGAGAAUGAGAUCCUCUAUCUGGAGCAAGUGGUGCGGAGGAAUGAGACGGAGCUGGGUGAGGAGGAGUUCUGGCAGAGUGAGCUCCGGCUGGAAAAGGAGUGCGAGCGGGAGCGACAGGAGCGGGUGAGGAGCCUGCGGGCCAGCCUGGAGGAGUACACCCAGAGGAUCUAUGAGCUGAGUGUCCGGACUGAGGCCCUGCAGGAGGAGAUCCAAUGGGAGAUGGCUGAGAGGGCCAAGAGGGGGAAGGAGAUCUCUAUGCCCAGCCCCAUAGAGCUGGAGGACAUGGCCACCAAAAUGAAAAGGGACCUGGAGGCCAAGGUCAAGCAAGGCACCCAGCUGGAGAGCAACCUGGCCAGUGUGGAGAAGGCCCUGGAGGAAGCUGAAAAGAACCUACAGGCCCAGACCCAGGAGCUGGAGGAGUUAAAUAAGGAGCUGAGGCAGUGUAAUUUGCAGCAGUUUAUUCAGCAGACGGGGGCCACGGUGACCGUCGUGCAGGCCCGGUCCGAGGAGGACGCCCAGGCGGAGCCGAGCCCGUGCGAGCUGCCAGCCUACCGGAGAAACGGAGGUUUUUCUCCCACCGCUGGUACAGACUUGCCUCCCCAGGUCAGCACCAAGCAGCUUCUCGGCCAUCCCAGGACCCUGCCGGAGCCCCUGGUGUCCAGCCUGAGCCCCGAGGUUGUAUCAACCAGGCAGAGCAUCUGGAGGUAGAAGGUCCCAGGCAGUGGAGGAUCAAUUGCCUUCAAAGUGUAACUGUAUAAAUAAACCAUAUUAUAUAUAUAUAUAUAUAUAUUUUAUAUUUUUUUUACUGCUUUAUAUUGUGAAUGGAUGUGGAUGGCCAGACAGAAUAUUUUUACAGACUGUAAAGUAAAACUAGAGACUGAUCUCAAAAAGCAACCCUCUUCCCCUGAGGAUGAAAGCGACUCCCUUCUAUUUUUUUUUAAGUAGUUUCUAUAUUGAACAGAAAACAGCAGUGCACCCAUUCUGCAUAGCCUCCUCAAAAGAUCCAUCGUGCAUUUGGAAAAGUCAUUGUUUGUUUGACUAGAGGAGCAAAGCUGCAGUGGAGACCCACGAGGAGGCUCAUCUGGAUGGAGCAAGUUAACAGAUUUCACAGCAACUCAUCACUGCAAGUGGGGCCAUGACAAACAGCCUCUUCACUGGCGGCAGGGGAGGCCCAAAAACAGUUUUAAGACAAAUUUCUUUUUGUCUUUUUUUUAUGUAUAUUAUAAGAAACCUGUAGGAAAACCACUUUCUAUGGUGCCACAGACCACGCUUCAAGGAAGCACACAGCAGGAGUUGUUUUUCUUAAAUUCAUUUAAUCUUUCAACUUCUUUUUAAAGUAAAAAAUUGCAGAAUGAGCCCUUCCCCGGUGGUGGUGUGAGUGAGGAGCAGGACCAAAAUACUAUUGGUGACAUUUCCCUGAUAAUUUUUUUUUUAACUUGAUGGCCAGUAGCUACCAUUCUGUUCAUCUGUCGUGGUGAGGCACCUUGUUUGGUAUUUUAAUUGCAAAACCAAAGCGGUUUGGGGAGGGGAUGAGUUUGUCUGGGAGAUCCCUGAGCCUGUUUUCAGUGUGUCGUAUGCGGAAAAUGUGGCUUGGGCACAGCGUUCCCGGUGAAACCCCGCUUCCCUGUGCGAAUGUAAAUCCCAUGUGCCGCAGAUCCAGUUUUCAAUAAAUCUUUGGGAAAGGAUUUGAGCAAAGCGAGUGUGUGAGUGUGCUCUUGUGGCCAGGGUGAGCCGUCCCUGCCGGACGCGUCCCCGUCCCAGUGGUUUGCACAUCCCGCAGCUGCCUCUUCCAUUCCGAGCCAUCUCUUUCUAUUUGCCGAAUUAAAGCUGUGAGUAUUUUAUAACUGACUGACUCUUAUGCACACAGUGCUCUUUUCUUCU